AUGACUGAAUCGUCGCCAGUUGUCGGGCAUUUUCAAUUGACUGUGAGUAUCAUUGGUGGCUCUAUCGCAAUGCAUAUGCGAACAGAAACUGCUAUUUUGCAGAAUGCAGAUUUUCGGUCUGCAGAAUGUUAUUCAGCCAAUCAGAUGUUCAACCUUUAA